UCUCUUCGCAACUUCAAAUAAGAACGCAUUUUUUCACCUGAGAGUUAAAUCUUCGAAGAUCAAAUUCAUUGAUGAUCCAAUUUUGAUUUAAUAUUUGACACUUAUGCUCUUAGAUUCUUGAAUGGAAAGGUCAUGGCUGAUUGAUAGUCGAACUCUCGCGAGGAAGGUGAUCAAUGCAGGUAUCCCUUCUGCUUGUCGGAUCAAGGAUUGUGGGGCGAAUACCUGAUGUCCCAAGUGCCACCAUCUGAUAGACAACAAUGAUAUGUCACACAAAUGGCCGGGCUUUCCUGCUGGUGUAAAAUUUGAUCCAUCUGAUGCGGAGCUGCUGGAUCAUUUGGCUGCAAAACAAGGCGUGGGGAAAUCAGUGCCCAACUUGUUCAUCGAUGAGUUCAUCCCAACAUUGGAAGGCGAAGGGGGAAUAUGUUGCACUCAUCCGCAAAAUCUUCCCGGAGCCAAGAUGGAUGGAAGCUGUGCUUAUUACUUCUAUAGAAUUGUCAACGCAUACGCUAGUGGCGGAAGAAAGAGCCGUAGAGUUGGGGAUCAAGAGAGUGCACGCGUGCGUUGGUACCAGACUGGCAAAACCAAGCAGGUGGUGCAAAAUGAGAUCCAUAGAGGUUUUAAGAAAAUCAUGGUUCUUUACGAAACGUUAAAGAGGGGAUGUAAGGUUGAGAAAAGCAAUUGGGUAAUGCAUCAGUACCAUCUCGGGAGCGAUGAGCAUGAGAAAGAGGGAGAAUACGUGGUCUCGAAGAUCUUUCAUCGGCCCAAGAAGGAGAGUGAGAAGGUUGGAAGUCUUACUUUGGGGAAGGAAGAAUCGGAUGUAAAGGCGGUUCCUGUAAUCCCAAUGAUGCCUAAGACGACCACUCCCGACCCUCCUCGUCAGGACCAAAGUCCAUAUUCAGAUUGCCACUUGGACGAUUAUUUCCUUCAGUCACUACUUGAGGAAUCCGAGCAUCUCAAUGAACCAUAUCACGCUUCCUAUAGUUCCCGGUUAGAAGAUGUUGAGUUCACCACUUAUUUGGCUGGAAACACCGAAGCUGAUGAUUUCAGUCGACCGAACCCCCUAUCCUGCAACGAGAUAGUCGAGUCUAAAGAUGCAUCUAAUGACAUAAACACCGUGCACAACAGAUGCACCACUGGUUGCAAUGGAAUAGGCGAGCUUGAGAACUUAGAGCUCGAUGUUGCGCCAGAUUUCAACUCACAAGAGUUGCAAUUUUCGUCCCAGGACAGCGUAUUCGAUUCGUUGGACCGACUGUAUCGAAACGUCCCAUUUUUGCACCUCUCUUGGUCCCCUCAUACGAACAAUAAGAUUUUGACUAAAAGCGAGAGUUGAUCGCAGAGAGAGAAGACGAGCACGAGCCUAAUGAGACGUAUAUUCAAGUUUGUUGAACUCCCAUUGGUAUCAGCUGUGGAGGUGUGAAAUAGUAGUAUUUUUACUAAACUAUGUAUAUGUACAUGUUAUUUGUAAUAAUAUUGGCUUUUGUUAGUUA